GGCUCUGCUCCUCCCAUGUUUUGGCAGAAGGUAACGUUGUGUUUAUCUCUUUUCCGGACGUUUUCCUCUCGGCCUUCACAACUCGUAAGCUGGGACGCGAAGGAUUAUGUACUAUUACGCAUAACAUGAUCAUUUCAUCAUUGUAUUUCCGUAUCAACAUGGGUUAUUAGAAAAUGCAGACAAGGGUACAGAAGGAACUUUGAAUGUUGCUUCUUCCCAUCAAAUAAGGCGCAUGCCACCGAGGCAUAAACACGGCGGCCAAACAGUGAGAGUUUGGCCACACACAAGAUAAAGAGUAAUAGAACAGGGGCCACAGCUUAGAAGAUGCCUCUCCUAAAACGGGUGGUGUCACCCGUGCAUGUGUCACGGGUGCCACUGGUGGAGUGGGUCACUGAUGAAAAUGGCCGCAUGUACUCGGCCAUGCUGCCGGCUACCUACCAGCCGCAGGACCUAGAGGCCUUCACGAAUCUUACUCUGGCAAACUUAAUUACUCAACUGUCCUCUCUGUCUCGCCAUGCUGAAGACUUGUUUGGAGAAAUGAUUGCAGAAUCAACAUCUAUUCUAAACCGCACUGUCUCCUUACAAGGCAGAGUUGACAAGCUUUCAGUGAAGGUCAAGAAUUUAGAUAGCAAUGUUGAAGAAGUUUCAUUGCAAGACAUCCAUAUGCGAAAGGCGUUUAAGUCUUCAACAUUAUUUGACCAGCAAGUUGUGUCCAGAGAUACCAUUCCUGGCCCCAUGUUAGAGACAUAUCAAACAUGUGAACAGCCUCCUCCUCUACACCAGCUCAACCCAUACAGGGAUGAUGGUAAAGAUGGUCUCAAGUUCUAUACAGACCCAUCUUACUUCUUCAACUUGUGGAGAGAGGAAAUGACCCAGGAGACAGAGAGAUUGAAAAAUGACAAGAAGCAGAAGCCAAGCAAACCCAAAGGAGAUGGGAGAAAUAAGAGUAGAAAGGUUCCAAGGAUCAUAUCCACCACACGUGAUAGGCAACAGCAAUUGGCAAUCGCUCAUGGUGAAUACAUUGCUCCACAGCAUCUACAUAGGACGGCUCCAUCCCAGGUCAAUGAGGGUAUGUAUGAUGAGUCAGUAGGAAUGAAUGCAACAGAUGGACGGCCACUCAGACCUAGCAGCAUAGAACUUCGUAGCCACUGCGGCAACGCACAUCCCAUGGAAUCAAUGUAUGGCACAAAUUCACAUACCUACUCUCCUACACAUGAAGCAAACCAAGUACCCACUUCAGAACAUUCUGGCUAUCCACCUCCUUACCAAGACCAAUACUCAGGAUAUCCUCCUCCUCCCUACACUCCUGAUGGUGCUGUCUCCCAAGGUAGCACUCCUAGUCGUACUGGUCAGCGGGCACCUUCCAGCCGCCCCGUGCAACCUCCUCCUGACCCACCCAGCAACAGUAACACACCUACACCUCCUGGUGGCUCUCACAGUGGCACACCAACCCGCUCACGUGGGCCUUCUCAAGGUCGCGAGUUCUUGCCUCCACCCCCUCCUCCACCAGCUGAUCGACAGCAACAGCUUCCCAUGGAGAAUCAGAACCGAAGGGUCACAACAGUGUCACCAGGACCAGGACGUCAUGUCCAGUCCACCUUCAAUCAUGAACCUGACUUACCCCCUCCUCCACCAACCCCAGACAAAAGUGGGGAACCUGAACCCCCUCCCCCUUCACCCCCACCCCCUCCCCCUAUGGCUCCAAUUCAGCCAUCUGGGCAGAUGGCAGAUGCUCCACCUCCACCAUCACCACCACCUCUGGUACCCAAUGGCAAUGCUCCAGGAGCACCACCUCCACCACCUAUGCCACCACUUAUUAUUAAUGGGUCUCAAACUGUACUGGCCAAACCUAGGAAAGUGGAGGAGAAAGUUCAGCCUCCAUUUGAAGUUGUUGGUCGUAGUGAGCUGCUGAAGGCCAUCAGAGAUGGUAUUAAGCUGCGUCCUCGUGUGGAUGAUGUCAAGACAAAGCCCAAAGAAGACCCAGACAGCAUUGAUGUUGCCUCCAUUUUACAGAGAAGAUUUGCUUUUGAAGUCAGUGACAGUGAAUCAUCUUCUGAUAGUGAAUCUGACAGUGAUGAAUGGGACGAAACCAGUGCAUAGAGUUAAGUUAUUCAAUCUCCCAAAACUGUUAGGAUGUAAGUGUAACAUUACAACUCUCUGGGAGUCAGAACUGUAUUCAUGGGAACAUCAAGCUUGCUAAGAUUAAAAAAAUGCAACAACCUUUAGCACUGCUGAUGUUCAUUGAUUUUGCAGACAGUUUUAGGAAGUGUACAUUUUUCAACCUUAGGAUCCUAUUACUGAAAGUAGUGAUAUAAAGUUUAUUAUACAUUUUCCUUGUAUUAAUCGAUGUUAAGACAGCCAUAAGUAUGGCCCUGAAUGUGUGCUUUCAAAAAAACAAAAAAAGUGAGCAAAACCAAUCCAAUGAAUGAAACCCUAGAGAUUGGUUCCUCUCUUCAUGGGUUAAGUGUAAAAUUACUGCCAAGUUCUAUGGCAUGUUGUGCUAUGGCAAUCACUAUUAGCCAUGUGAAGGAAUGCAAUUUAACAAGUAUUGAAACUUUAAUACAUGCAGCCACUGAAGUAAUACUCCUCUCGAAUAGUCAUGAGGUAAUCUUGCAAAAUCAUUGCUGCUUCCCACAAAAAAAACACAAAAAAAUGCAAGCUUUAUGGCAUGUCAUGGAGAAUAAUUGUAAUUGUUUAUCAAACAUCUGUAUAGUAGUUCCUUUCUUAUAUAUGCUUCAUUUAUGUGAUACCAUGCUGUCGUGCUCUGUCAGUAGCAACAAACUUGUUAUGUAUAAAUUACUGGGUUAUAUUAAGUUAUAUUUCCAAAGAAAUCAUGUUUAUUAUAUAUAGAGAAUUUAUACUUUACUCUUUAAUUUUCCUAUUUUAUUUUUAUCUGCAGUGAUAAUUAUGUGGGCUUGAGUAAACCUCAAAACUUUUGUACAAUUUGAGUUAGUGAAGUAUUGUGAAGUCUUCAAACUUGCAGUUCUCUUGUAUGCAGAAAUAAUAAACUAUUAAUAUGCUUGAAAUAA